AUGCCUCGUCAACGAUCCGCCGGCAGAGCUCCUGCUCGUCCCACUGUUCCCGCCCGCGCACCUGCUCCUCCCACCCACCAGCAGCAGUCCCGGCCAGCUUCCACCUAUGCUCCCGCGCCGACGCAACACCCUCCUGCCCAGCCGGCCCAGUCCCAGGGCCCCGGCCUGUUCGGUCAGAUGGCCAGCACUGCGGCUGGUGUCGCGGUAGGCUCCAGCAUUGGCCACGCCAUCGGUGGCUUCUUCGGCGGCGGCUCCAGCGCCCCCGUCGAGCAGGUGCAGUCCCAGGCGCAGCCCGCUCAGCAGCAGCAACAGAACUGGAACUGCGCCGACUCCGCGAAGCAGUUCACCAGCUGCAUGGACGAGCACGGCGGUAACAUGCAGAUCUGCGGAUGGUAUCUGGAGCAGCUUAAGGCCUGCCAGGCCGCCGCCAGCCAAUACUAA